AUGAGGACGAUGAAGGUCAUGCUGCUGGUGCUGGUGCUGGUGGCAGCAGCGGGCCGCUGCAGCUGCCAGGCGGACCAAGCCCCUGCCCCUGCUCCCGCCGCCGCCGGGGCGCCGGCCGGCCCGCCGAUGCCCUCUGCAGACCAGCUCAACAGCCAGUUCGCGGCGGCCUACAACCAGGACAUCAUCAUCAACUCCGACCUCUUUGCAGACGAGCCCGCCAUCCUGUCGGGCGGCCUCGGGUUCACAAACAUCAUCGGCGUGGCCACCGCCUUGAACAGCUCGAGCGAGGGCGUGGUGCGCGCCGCAAACGGCACCUGGCGCUCCAACGUCACCUGCGCCAGCGGCCAGCCGCCGCCCACCCGCGUGCUGACCUCGGCCUCCCCCACCAACAUGGGCACGGGCGGGUUCAACUGCACCUCCGACCAUUACGACGGUCUGCCCAUCUGCUUCAGCUGGCCGCUGCUGCCCUCCACCAUCUCCAAGGAGGCCUUCCUCAUCCAGCUGAGCAACGGCACCACCGUCACGCCGCCCUGCGUGGGCAUCUCCCCGAACCUGGAGUUCAACGAGAGGCAGUGCGUGGUGACCUUUGGCGAGUUUGGCAACCGCAUCCCCAGCGCCCAGGAGGGGUCGCUGUACGUCACCGGGGUCAGCAUCGCGCAAGGCUCCGGCCUCAAGCUGGUGGGCCCCGACGGCCCCGUCAGCGCAGAGGGCCUGUCCUUCACCAACCCCACGGGCAAGAGCCCCUAUGACGAGGGCAAUGGCCCGGUCAUCAUGGUGGCCAAGCUCAGCGUGCUGUCCGACGUGGCCUUCCCAAACGGCGGCGAGGCCGUGUACGGCAAGUACAACGGCAGCCUGGGCGCCGACGGCAACCGCUACCGCCUGCGCCUCUUCUACUCCGGAGGCAUGACGCCAGACGGCGUCAUGGCCCUCAAGCCCACAACCUUUGCCAACCACUUCUACCUGCUGGCCAACGGCAGCGACGGCGAGCAGGAGGAUUGGGACAACUACAUCGACAUCAUCAUCGACGCCAGCUCCCCCAAGGCUGCCGCCGCGCUGACCACGCUCCAGGCCUACCAGGUGGACGAGGGCUACGCCUCCGUGUACAACCCUGGCGGGCCGGGCAACAACCCCGUGCCGGGCGUGCUCUACAGCUCCGCGGCGCCUCCCCAGGCGCGCCCUGCCGGCAGCUGUCGCCGCCACGCCCUGCCUGCCUGGUGCCGUGCCCUGUGGCCCAUGACCAUCCCCAUCACCGCAGCACUCGCCGACCCCCAGACCGUCACCUACUGCGACCUGAACGGCACCAUCAUCACCAAUGCCCAGCUCUGCACCCAGGCGCUCAACAUGGCGCUGGCCGCCAGCGCCCCACCGUCCGCCGCACCCGCUGCCUCGCCCGCCGCCGCCCCCUCCGGCGCUGCCGCCCCCGAGGCCGCCCCCUCCCCAGCGGCCGCCGAAGAGGCCGCCCCUGCCCCUGAAGCUGCCACCACCUCUGGCGCCGCCGGCCUGGAGCGUCCCGCCCUCCUGGCGCUGAGCGCGGCCGCGGCGGCGCUGCUUCUCCUCUGA